AUGGAAGAAAUCUUGGGCGAGGACCUGCCCAUCGCACCGGCUAGGCUCUUCGAACGUCUAUCUCAAGUACCAAACUACACAUGGGAUCGCUCGUUCGUGCCGUUCCACACCAGUUACGAUCACUGGCAUGUCUACGGUGUCCUACACAAUCCAGACGUGGUCAACCCGCGCGAGUCAAUCAGUACCCUGACCAGCAGCUUUUCCGUCCUCUCCGGUUCGACCAGAAGCUCUCCAAAACUCGAUCCUCAUCGUCCCGCACUCCGACACCAUCAUUGGAGUAGUAUCAGCGGUACUUCGACUGACAGUGAGAAUUUGUCGUCCAAGGGCGACCCGGAUCCAAUAUGGAUGCCUGUGGUGGCGCGCAUCAGCACGCACGUCCUGCGUCUAGAAAGAGAAUUUUAUUAUAACCAGGCUAUCGUCAAGGAUGCCGAUCCUGAAUGUGAACAUACCAUCCGACCCCUUGAGAUUUUCAAGCUGCCUACCACACCAGGAGAUACCCGGCCGAUAGCUGUGUGUGUGUACGAAGCCCCCGGCAAGAAUUAUCUUCGUGAAGUCCUGGACAUGGGACCGGCGUUUUAUGGCCUCAACAACCACAGGAUGAGCGUCGCGGUAGACGGUACCCCGGGAGAGCGGAUACCACUGCAGGCGUUUCUAGAUUUCGCCGUGGGUGCUGCAGAGACGCUUGAGCUGCUGCACCAUGGUGCCAAUAGCGUUCAUGGGGAGGUUCGCUCAGAUACUUUCCACUGGAACCGGGAGGCGGGUACGGUCAAACUGGCCAAUGCCGGGAAUGGGCCUCGAGCAUUCGAAAAUCUACUAUCAAGUGAGGGAUGGGCCAACCUCAGCCGAGAGAUUGGAGUGAAGAACAAACUGCAUUUUAUUGCUCCGGAGCAAACUGGGAGGCUACCCGCGGAGCCCGAUAGUCGCACAGAUAUCUACAGCUUGGGGGUUCUGUUCUGGACACUGCUCACGGGGCAGCCUGCCUUUGACGCAGAGACUCCCAUCGAUAUUGUCCAACGGGUCCUUACCCAUCGUCUUCCUCUGGUCACCGCAAUCCGCAUGGAUAUCCCUGAUGCCAUUUCACAUAUCAUUGCAAAGAUGACCCAGAAGCAGAUGGAUGAGCGAUAUCACUCAAUGAGUGGCCUGAGAUAUGACCUGGUGCAGAUCCAGAAGUUUUUGGGUGAAGGGGAUCAGGAAAAGAUCAAGAACUAUAAGGUUGGGCAACGAGACGUGUCGUCCUUCUUCAUUCUGCCAACCAAACAGUUUGGCCGACACUCCGAGACGGAACGUAUCACCAAAAUUAUUGAUAAGGCUCACAAGCGGCAUAGUUCGUCUGGCACGAGGCCGUCCCCGUCACAACACGGUCUUUUGAGUGCAGGCUCCAAUUCGUCUAUUUCGGACAGUCGUGUGGAUGGAGCAGAAGAAGCCCCGGGCUCUGAUGACUCUAGCUCGUUUGGUUUCCGUGAGUCUCGCAGUAAUUCCACCACUAUUGGAUUGGAUGGUGCCUAUACUCCUGGAUAUGGUAACAAGACCAAUCUAUUGGGGAAGCGGACCCGGGCCAUCGCCGACUCGAGAAUUACCCCGUUGGACGUCUUAUCCGAUCGGGACAGCAAUUUUUCGGGGGGCUUGCAACCUGCAACUGAUAUGUUACCCGGGAUGAUGACUCGGCGAAGAAGCAAUCACAAAUACAAGCGACGAUCAAAGACCGAGGUCAUAACCAUCCUGGGACCGGCAGGAGUUGGCAAGACUGCUCUCAUCAAGGCUGUGCAACCUGUCAUCCGCCGUCAUGGCUAUUUCGCCCUCGGAAGAUUCGACAGGGCUCGGCCUUCUCCCUUUGAACCUCUGAUCAAGGUCAUGGCAAGUCUCUUCCGCCAGAUAUUUUCGGAGAAAGACGUCAAUACGCCGUAUCACGAGCAUCUUCGGGCGCACGUUACACCCUUCUGGCCGAUCCUGCACUCGAUGUUGGAUCUUCCGUCGACGCUGCUUGACGUCACUGUUCUUUCCAAGAAACUCUUGGUAAAAACGGAUACCACAAAUCAAAGCGUUAACACUGAGGUUCCUACAGUCGACAGUGGGCCCAAGACGCAUACAAUUCCACCUCACCAUGGCACUUGGGACGCCAACGACUUUCUGCGCGGUCCGGCCAAUACCAAGUCCAUUCGACUCAUCAACACGUACAUGGACGUCUUACGCACAAUCUGCACAGGAAAGUUGAUCUGUGUCUGCUUGGACGACCUGCAAUAUGCAGACAGUGAAUCGAUUGAGCUCCUGAUGCACAUCAUCAAGGCGAAGGUGCCAGUCGUGCUUAUGCUGUCUAGCAGAGUGGAGGAAGGAAACGUUCCUGAACCGACCGUCAAACUUCUCGAUCUCGAUUCUACAAACAAGAUCGAAUUGGCCAAUUUGCGCGAAAGGCACGUCUUCGAAUAUGUCGCAGCAACAAUGUCUCAACCUGUAGAGACUAUUUUGCCUCUCGCUGCCGUUGUUUACGCCAAGUCCGAGGGAAACCCAUUCCUCGUCAAGGAUAUUCUCCAAACAUGCUAUCAACGGAAUUGUUUAUGGUACGACUGGAAAGCGUCGGGCUGGCAGUUUGAUCUAGACAAGAUUUUCAACGAGUUCAGCAGUGAAGGCUGCACAGACAAUGGUUAUCUUACCCGCCGACUCCAAGAAUUACCUCCCGCCGCAAGGUCAAUCCUUGCAUGGGCCUCUUUGAUCGGAACAACCUUCUCUUUCAAGCUCAUCCAGUCCAUUGUGACCGGCGAUUUCUUCUACAGCAGCGGAAGAGAUCAAACGCAUGAUGCUACUUGUCCCAAACGUGCCAAAUUAUUCAAUCUCUCAGAGACUGACUGCAUCAACGGACUUCAGCAACUAGUCAACAUGUACAUCAUAAACCCCGGUGAGACAGACGACGAAUUCCGCUUUGCGCACGCGCGAUACCUGAAAGCGGCGAACGAAAUGCGCGAGUGUCAAAACACGGCCAAGAUGCAUUUCAUUAUCGCGCAAGCCAUGAUGACGUACCUCAGCCAGUGCAAGUAUAAUUUGUACCCUUUGGCACGCCAUAUCUGCCUGUCCGCGGAUAUUGUGAAAGAGAGGAUUCCAACUCGGAUGCGAUAUCGUGAUGUCCUUUGGCGAGGAGCGCAGAAGGCAAUCGAAACAGGCGCGAAGGCCACCGGGCUUUGGUAUUAUAAGACCGCACUCCAAUUGCUGCAAGAUGACAAGUGGAAUCCGGACAACCCAGAUGUCUUCUAUGACGAAACUCUCCAACUUCACGUUAAUACCGCUGAAAUCAUGUAUCUGCAGGGAGAGGACGUAGAAGCUCUGGAACUCCUGAACGAGACAUUCGCUCACGCUAAGUGCUCGGCGGACAAAACGAGGUCUUUCAUCUUGAAAGGACGGGUGUUGGCUUCCCAAGGGAAAUUCAUGGAGGCGUUCACGAGUCAGCGAGAGUGUCUGGCAGAGCUAGGCCUUCCUCUGCCAGAAGUGACUUGGGAGGAAUGCGACGCCGAAUUCAAGAAGCUGGAGCUUCGAAUCCAACAGCUCGACAAAGAGGCGCUUCUGACAGCUCCACUCAGCGAAGACAAGACUAUAAUUGCCCUUGGUACCGUUCUCUCUGAAGCGCUUGGCGCUCUCUACUGGUCGAACGCUUUGCUCUGGUACCAACUGGUUAUCGCUUAUGUCAAUGCAGUCCUCGAUCGCGGCCUCUUCGUUCAGGCUGGAGUCGGCUUCACCAUGCUUGGUGCUGCUGCUAUCGGUCGCUUCAAGGACAUCGAGUUGGGUUUGUCCUAUGGCGAUAUUGCACAAGAGUUUUAUACCAUGUUUGACGACGCUUGGACACGUGGCAGAGGCUGGACUUUGUACACCCUCUUUAUUGGCCACUACCAGACACCAGUGCGAAACCUUCUUCCUAUUUUGGAUAGUGCGCUCGAAUAUUCAUUGGGAUCCGGGGACAAGUUUGUCAGCAUCCUAAACAUCGGAGCCAUGGCCCUUUCAAGAUUCUGGGCCGGACAAGAUCUCGCAGAAGUGGAGGCUUUCUGCACUUAUGGUCCGGAAGAAUUUGACGACUGGGACAAAGAUCGGCGAGGAGGAACGCUCCUGACUGUAAUCAGACAGGUCUCACGGGCGCUACAAGGCAAAACUAAAGCGGUAGACGCCGCCACUCUUCUAGAUGAUGAAGAUCAUAAGAGCGAGACAUGGUUGGCCGAGUGCGGGAAGUACGCCGCCAAUGCCCGACGUUCGUGCGACAUUUUCCACGCCGUGUCGCUUGUCGCUUAUCAUUUGAUGGGAUAUCAUGAGUACGUGGUCGAAAAGGGAAGAGAGUUAAUUGCCGGAAGUCUUGACGAGCUUUGGUCUAAUAGACCCGCCUGUGGCACUCGCUUCUACCUAGGACUUUCCCUCAUCGCCCUUGCAAAGGAGAAGCCUGAAGAGGAGCGUGGACCUUAUAUCGAAGAAGCGAAGGAGUUGAAACGCUUUAUCGAUGACUGGGGAAAGGUCAAUGAUGUGAACUACUUUGCCUGGUCCAGGAUACUCGAUGCCGCUAUUUCCGAUGUGACCAGGGUAUACUACAACGUCAUCUCCAACCUCGAGAUGGCCAUUGACCAUUGCCAAGUGCACGGUUUCGCCAUGGAAGAGGCGCUAGCCGUGGAAAUGCAGGCCGACUUCCUGCUCCUGCGAGGAGCUAAGAGAGCUGGCAAAGUCAUGAUCCAGGAAGCCAUUGCCGCUUGGAACCGAAUCAAUGCAUCAGGGAAAGCUCGACACCUUCAAGAAAAGCAUGAGUGGCUGAUCAAAACUGCCACCACCUCGAGAACCAUGGACGCCGCUACUCAAACGCAAGACUUGCAUUCAUUGACCGUGGGCGAAGACGCGCAGAUCCAGAACAAGCGCGAAUAUACGAACCAAUGGGUACAGCCAAAAGCAGCAGUUGCGAAUCAAACUCCCCAGGACGUUCCUGGCCUUGGACUGGACAUACUAGAUUUAACGUCUAUCCUGGAAUUCUCCCGAGUCAUAAGCUCAGAGCUCCAAAUAAACAAUCUUCUUUCCAAGAUGAUUUCCGUCAUCCUCGAAUCCGUCGGUGGCCAAGCAGAAUUCUGUGCAAUCGUCAUCGAUUCCGAGGAUCAAGGAUGGUGUGUUGCAGCAAGCGCAGAUCACGAGACAGGUGUCAAGACUUAUCCAGACGGGAUUCCAUUUUCCGAGGUUGACGAUCAGGCCGCACAGCAGAUCACUCAUUAUCUCCUACGGACCAAAGAAACUGUCUUCGUGCAGAAUGUGCUCGAGGAUGAUCGCUUCUCCAAUGUAGGUGACGCUUACUUGGCAAGGAACCCUCACGGACGCUCAAUCGUCGCCAUACCUAUCAUCCAAGCUGAUCAUUUGAUGGGCGUCAUCCAUCUAGAGGGGCGGCCAAAUGCAUUUACCCAGCGCAAUAUGAUCGUCCUCAACCUCCUCACAAAUCAAGUCGCCAUCUCACUCGGUAACGCGCUCCUUUACAGGAAGGUUCGAAAGGUUAGCGCAUCGAAUGCGAGCAUGGUCGAAUCUCAGAAGCGAGCUCUAGUGGCAGCGCGCGAGGCUGAAGCUAAAGCUAAGAAGGCGGAAGCGGAGGCUAUGCAUAACGUCAAAUUGAAAGAGGAGGCCGCCAAAGCGAAGUCAAUCUUCCUCGCCAACGUCAGUCAUGAACUUCGAACUCCCCUCAACGGCGUGAUCGGUAUGUCUGAACUGCUCAAGGGUACUCCUUUGAGUAAAGAUCAAGAACAAUACGCGGACAGCAUCCGUGUGUGUGCCGAUACCUUAUUAACCGUUAUCAACGACAUUUUGGACUUUUCCAAGCUCGAGGCCGGCAAGAUGCAAAUGUUCACGGUUCCUCUAAAUCUGAAGGAGACCAUCACCGAGGUGGUCCGAGCGCUAGCCUAUACCAACCAGGAACAUGGACUUAAAACCGUCGAAGACCUCCAAAUAGAUGACAACUUGGUCCUAGGUGACCCAGUCCGACUCCACCAAAUUUUCAUGAAUCUCUUGAGCAAUGCCUACAAAUUCACUCCCAAGGGCUCAGUCACGGUCAGAGCUCAAAAGAACGCCGAAACCAGAGACAGAGUCAAGAUUACUUGCUCUGUUGCAGAUACCGGUAUUGGUAUCACCAAGGAGCAGCUGUCGCGCCUUUUCCAGCCGUUCUCGCAGGCCGAUUCGUCCACAGCACGUUCCUAUGGAGGUAGUGGCCUUGGUCUCAGCAUCUGCAAGGCCAUGAUCGAAAACGUGCUCGGUGGUAAGAUUUGGAUCGAGUCAACACCUGGUGUCGGCACGGCGGUGUCAUUCACGCUUACCUUCCACAAGGCACCAAAGAACAGCAGUGUGCCCAACGAAAUUCAAAUCUCAGCUAAGGAUCCAGACCCAAUGGCGAAUUGGUCACAGUCGGCCAGUCCAGAGACAGAGCAGAAGACGUACAGUUUCUGCGACUUGAGCAAAGUUCCCCGGGAAGAAUUGCGUGUUUGCAUUGCCGAGGAUAACCAGAUCAACAGAAAGAUUGCCAUUUCGUUUGUCAACCGACUUGGUUUGAAAUGCGAAGCGUAUGAGGAUGGGAAGCAAGCGUACGAAGCAUUGCAGGCCAAGAGUAAGGAAGGGAAACCUUUCCACCUAGUUCUGAUGGAUGUUCAGAUGCCUGUGCUAGAUGGAUAUGAGGCGACCAAAGCGAUCAGAGCCGAUCCGGACCCUAACGUAAGUCGGGUUCUGAUUAUUGCCAUGACGGCUUCGGCAAUUCGAGGCGACCGAGAGAAAUGUCUUGAGGCAGGAAUGAAUGAUUACCUUGCCAAACCAGUCCGGCAGACGGCUCUGAAGGCCAUGCUGGACGAGUAUCUCCAGAGAACCAAAGUAGCGACAGACAACUCAGCCAAGAGUCCUGAAUCUAACCCAACCCCUGGUGACGGUGUCAGCGGUUCAGCAGAAAGCGGCAGCAAGCCACCCAGCCUGAGUGCAAAAGGCGGAGAACCACCAAUGAGCCCACCAAUGAGCCCGGCAGAAAGACCGAAACUGCGACGCCCGUUUAAAAGAGUGAUGAAGAAAGUCGAAGCCAGCAUUGCGGAAGUGAGUGAACACUCAAAUCACGAAUCCAAGAGUUUAGGCGCAGAGAAUAGUGGAGACCGGGCACCGAGUCCUCCGAGUGGAAAAAGAGAAACAGAUGAAUUGGGAAAGAUCACUUCGGAGCAAGUUACUCCCAAACCCGCGCUCAACGUUGGCAUGUCGGCCAUCAAUGGGCAUGUUAAUGGUGAGAUGAAUGGAACAGGGCACGGCACUGAGGAAAUCGUGCCGUCGCAACUCCUGACUCAGCGGUCAGCAAACGCAGAUCACACGAAGGCGGAACAAUCGUGA